AUGGCCUGCUCCUCGCUGAUGCUCGUCGUCAACAAGCUCGCCGUCCACCUCCUGCCCGCGCCCAGCUUUGUGCUGCUCACGCAGUUCUUUGCGUCAUGGUUUGUCGUCAAGGGCCUCGGCCUGGCCGGCGUCAUCGAGGUGGACGCGCUGGAGUGGAGCAAGCUGCGCGCCUUCCUCCCCAUUGCGGCCGCCUUCCUCGCCUGCGUCUUCGCAAACAUAAAGACGCUGCAGUACGCCAACGUGGAGACCUUCAUCGUCUUCCGCGCCUCGACGCCGCUCGCCAUCUCCAUCGCCGAGUGGCUCUUCCUCGGCCGCGAGCUGCCCAACUGCCGCUCGUUUUGCUGCCUCGUCUCGCUCCUCGCCGCCGCCUGCGGCUACAUGUACUUUGACUCCGCCUUCGAGGUCCGCGCCUACGUGUGGGUCGGCGCCUGGUACGCCAUCUUUUGCUUUGACCAGCUCUACAUCAAGUAUGCCGUGGACGCGACGGUCGUCGACUCGAACUGGGGGCGGGUCUUUUACACCAACCUGUGGGCGUGCGGGAUCGCGACCGUCAUCUGCGCCGCGACCGAGCCGCAGACGCUCCUCACCCUGCGCUGGACCAGAGAGAGCAUGGCCGCCCUCGCCGUCUCCGCCGCCCUCGGGGUCGGCAUGUCGUACUUUGCCUUCAUCUGCCGCGCGUCGGUCUCUGCGACCUGCUUCACCAUCCUUGGGAACGUGCUGACGGUCUUCAUCAACGUCGUCAUCUGGGACAAGCACGCCUCACAGGAGGGGCUCGCUUGCCUCGCCGUCUCGCUCGUCGCCGCCGCGCUCUACCAGCAGGCGCCCAAGCGGACGCCGGCCGACGCCGCCUAUGCUCGCGCGCUGCGGCAGGCCCACAUCGACUCCGUCAAGCAGCGGGGCCAGCGCGCCGCCUGCCGGGCCGCCUCCUCCUCCGCCCGGCGCCGCGCGCUCGACGAGGUGCGCGCCGCCCGCGCCAUCGAGCAGGCGGCGCGGCGCGACGAGGCGCUGGCCAAGCGGACGAAGCUGCUCGCCAGCCGGGCCACCUCGUGCGCCUACCGCGUCAAGCGCGCCAUCGCCGUCGCCGCCGCCACCCGCGAGCACGCGCGCCAGACGCAGAGCGCGACCAAGUGCAACCUCGAGGCCAAGCUCGAGGCUGCCGCCGCCCGGCGCGCCGAGGCGCGCGCCGAGGAGAAGCAGCGCGCGCCGCUGGUGCCGCCGAUGUGGCGCGGCACCGCCGGUCCGGCCCACGCCGCCGCCCCCUCCUCCCAGCCGGCGCCCUCCGACGGCGGCGCGCCGGCCUCGCCGGACGGGCGCAGCGCCUCCGAGCGGCUCCUCUCCGAGGUGGAGUCGGAGUGGGCGGCGGCGGACGACGACGCGGACGCGCAGCGGAUCCAGGCGUGGAUGCGGCGGCCCGAGACCAUCGAGACGGCGCGUGCCUGGCUCGAGGAGGUCGGGUGCGACCCGCGUGCGGGCCGGCUCCUGCUCGGCCUCGUGUACAUGGCGCGCGAGGCGGCGCGCCUCUUUUGCGACUCGAGCGAAGACAAGUCGAUGGCGCGCGAGGCGAAGCGGUUCCACAAGCGGCUCCUCGCCGCGCUCAAGACGGGCGAGGCGGACGACUUCCCCGAGGACCUGCGCCGCGCGCGCCGCUUCCACGCGGCGUGGCUCGCUGUCGACAAGCCAAAGGUGGUCGGUUGCCUCGUCGACUCGCUCGUCGCUCGCCGCGCGGAGCAGGCUGCGCCGCGCGUGCCAAACGAGGCUGGCGCGGCGGUGCCGUCGCUGUCGGCGUCGGCGGACGAGACGCUCGAGAUGAUCCGCCGGCUCGGUGGCGCCGAGGCGGAGGCGGAGGCGCGCGAGGCGGAGCGGCGCGCGGGCGAGAUGGCGCACGUGCGCGCGGAGGACCUCGCCACGCAUGUCGGCAAGGUUGCCAAGCGCGCUUUUUGGGACGCGGUGCAGGAGCGGCUCCGCGGCGGCGACUUUGAGUGCGCGUUUGGGCUGCUCGGAGAGAUGCAAAAGGCGAUGCUCGCGCUCGUCGCCCACUCGGCGAAGGCGCGUGAGGAGCUCGCCGAUAAGUUCGACGCCGCGUGGCUCAAGCAGCAGGCCGACAACGGCGCGCUCGAGCUCGGCAGCGUCACAAACCUGAUGAAGUACGUCGCCUCGACCAUCGCCGCGUGGCAGGCGCCCGCCGACGAGCCGGAGGCGCGCGCGUGGGUCGAGUCCGUCGAGGCCGUCGCCGCCGCCGCGGUGGCGGAGCGCGCCGACCUCGGCGCCUUCAUCGGCGACCACCUCGCCCCCUUCCUCGCGCGUGCGCACGAGCUGAUCGGCCGCAUCUACGAGAGGCUGGUUGCGAUGCAGCAAGAGGCGGACGGCGAGGCCGCCGCCGCCGAAGCCGCCGCCGAGGCCGAGGCCGAGGCGCCGCCGCAAGACUAGGGGUGGCGCGGCCAAGUGGCCGCCCGCGAGGCCCUCCUCGAUCGGCCCUGGCCCUUCCCUCGCGUGCAUGGAGUGGCCAGCCGCCUCGCGGCGCUCCCCCGAGCGCCACGAUCGUGGGAGUGAGGGAUGGCGAUGCACUUUGUGAUGGAUGAGCAUGUUCCUGUACCAAAUGGUAGAUGUCCUCGUGUGCGCGCAAGACUUGUGGUGGCUGGUUCGCCGGCGGCAAGUCGCGCUGCGGCGCUGUGGCCUGGGAUGCACGCUGUGUGAUUCUUGAGUGGGAUAUGUCUUGUGUGCGCGCGCUGUGCCAUUCGUGGCCUCGCGCCGCGCCCAGUAUGUAAAUUGAUGGGUACACACCGUGGUCCGUGGACACGCGACACGUGUUAAUUCUUAAUUAAUGAGAGUUCCAGAGUAACUGCCAGAGAUACUGGGAAGAACGGGAACUGCUUAUACGCUCGUUACUGGGUCGAACGGCUUUACUGCUGGAGUGUAAAAAUACAAAAAUAAUAGUACGUGUGUGUCUUGUAUGUCUAUGUGUGACGGGGAAAAGGAAAUUUUAUUU